CUCAGACUGCAGACAGACAGGAGCAGAAAACUUUAUUUACACCAACCGACUGACAGGAGGACAGCAUGUUUCCACGGUAUCUGUUGGUCUUAUGUGCGUUGGCUGCAGUUUCUCUGGCAGCUCCAGCAACUGAGAGACUAGAUGCACUGAUAACCCAUCUUACUGAAACUGAUGGAGAAGAACCUACAGGAGCUGCACCUGUGGACAAAGAGACAGCUGGUUUGGACUCAGACUCAACUGAUGAACAAGCAGACUCCACUGGCACCAUGGACUCCAACAGCAAAUCCACAGGAGACAAUAGUGAUUCCACGCCAGGAAGCGACUCGGACGAUGGCACAGAUGCAGCUACAGGAAGUGAAUCUGCUGAUGACAGUUCAGAUGCAACUACAGGAAGCAACUCUGCUGAUGAGGCAACAGAUGAAGACAAAGACAAGGCCGACGCCAGGGAGGAAACACCUGAGCGAGACGAAGACAAAGACGAGGCCAAGGAGGACAAUGCCGGUGGAGAGCCUGACGAUGAUGAUGGUGGUGAGAGCAAGCCAGACGAAUCCAUGAGCCAGGAGGAUGAAGAGGAGGAGGUGGAGGGGGAGAAGAAGAACAAAGAGGAUGAGGAGGACGAGGAGGAGGAUGCAGGGAGCGAGGAUGCAGACAGUGAGGAUGAAGAGGGGGGGGAUAUAGACAGCGAUGAGGGCAAGAAGGAAGGGAAGAAGAAAGAGGAGAAGAAGGAGGAAGAUAGCACAGAAAAUGAUAGUGAGGACGAGAAGGGGAACGAUACAGAAAAGGGAGGUGACAGCAACAAGAAAGACGACAGUGAAGAAGAUGAGGAGACCAAGGAGCAGAAAGAGAAGGAGGAGGAAAAGAGUGAAGACUCUGAGGAGGAGACAAAAGAGCAGGAGGAGGAGGAGGGGGAGGAGGAGGACGAGGCAGGGAGUAAGGAUACAGACAGUGAGGAUGAAGAGGAGGGGGAUGACGACAGCACCGAGGGGCAGGAAGAAGAGGACCUGCAGGAGGGAGGAGAGGUAGGAGACGUGGGGUCAGAGGAGCAAGAGGAUGAGGAGCAGCAGACAGAGGAGGAGGAGCAGACAGAGGAGGAGGAGGAGCAGACAGAGGAGGAGGAGGAGCAGCAGACAGGGGAGAGUACUGGAAACGACAGCAGCCCUGAAGCGAAGCAGGAUGAAGACGUUCCACAGGACGAGCAGAAAUCAGGCGAGACGAGCAAAACAAAGUCGGACGACGACGACAGGGAGUUCCUCGCGGAGGUGAUGCAGAGCGAGCUGGACGAGGAGGACGCCUCCGACGACUCCGCCCCCGACGACUUCGCCCCCGACGACUCCGCCCACGUCACAGGAACUGAUGUCAGCGACUCGACGGACAGGAGCUCUGACAGCGCCACCGACGACACCGACAGGACCCCGGACCAGGACAACCCCGCCCCUCCCCCCUUCCCUCAAGCCGUGGUGACUGACGACGCCUCACCUGACUCACCUGACUCACCUGACUCACCUGACUACAGCACCCAGGACACCCUGCAGGGAACUAAUCCCUAACCCCUCCUCCCCCUCCCCCGACUGUGGAUGCACACUGACCUACAGAGCCAGCUGGGGGCCUCCGCAGCACAAUGCCGUUGCCAUGACAACCUCCGCCACCUGAACUCCAGUAAACUCCGAUGUGAAGCGGUCCCGCCGCCCGGCGAGCCGCGGCUCCGCUGGGAUCUUUCCUCUCUCGUCGUCGUUCUGCCGCCUCCCAGCGGAACACACACACACAGGAAGCAGCGAGCACACACACUCCUCACUUCCUGUCCAAUAAAGAGCCACCACGCACAAACUCAUAGAUCUGUACACAGAGGAACUGCUAAUAAAGAUUGACUUCUGCCAACCCUCACUCUGCGUGUGUG